AUGAAGCUGAAAGAAAUUGAUCGUACUGCCAUGCAGGCAUGGAGCCCUGCCCAGCAGCACCCCAUUUACCUGGCCACAGGUACAUCAGCUCAGCAGCUGGAUGCAACCUUCAGUACAAGUGCUUCUCUAGAAAUAUUUGAGUUGGACUUAUCAGACCCCUCGCUUGAUAUGAAGUCCUGCGCCACCUUUUCCUCCUCUCACAGGUACCAUAAGCUGAUCUGGGGGCCGCACAGCAUGACCUCGGGUGAGAGAGUCUCCGGAGUCCUGAUUGCUGGGGGUGAAAAUGGAAAUGUCAUUCUGUAUGAUCCAGCCAAAAUCAUAGCUGGAGACGCUGAAGUGAUAAUUGCCCAGAAAGACAAGCACACAGGACCAGUAAGAGCGCUCGAUGUCAACAUGUUCCAGACUAAUCUGGUGGCCUCUGGUGCUAAUGAGUCUGAAAUCUAUAUCUGGGACUUGAACAAUUUUGCCACGCCAAUGACACCAGGAGUGAAGACACAGCCUCUCGAGGACAUCAGCUGCAUGGCGUGGAACAGGCAAGUCCAGCACAUCCUGGCGUCUGCCAGUCCUAGUGGCCGAGCUACUGUGUGGGAUCUCAGGAAGAACGAACCCAUCAUCAAAGUCAGUGACCACAAUAACCGGAUGCACUGCUCAGGCUUGGCAUGGCACCCUGAUGUUGCUACCCAGAUGGUUUUGGCCUCAGAGGAUGACAGGUUGCCUGUGAUUCAGAUGUGGGACCUAAGAUUUGCCUCCUCACCACUUCGUGUUCUAGAAAGCCAUACAAGGGGUGUAUUGGCUGUUGCUUGGAGUAUGGCAGAUUCGGAGCUGCUGCUUAGCUGUGGGAAGGAUGCUAAAAUUCUCUGCUCCAACCCUAACACAGGCGAGGUGCUGUACGAGUUGCCCACAAACACACAGUGGUGCUUUGAUAUCCAGUGGUGUCCCAGGAACCCCGCUCUCUUGUCUGCAGCUUCGUUUGAUGGACGGAUCAGCAUUUACUCCAUCAUAGGAGGCAGCACAGAUGGCUUGAGGCAGAAGCAAGUUGAUCAGCUUUCAUCAUCUUUUGGGAACCUCGAUCCAUUUGGUAUGGGACAACCCCUCCCACCCCUGCCGCUUCCCCAGCAGACUGCCCCACAGAGUGUCAUUUUGCCCCUAAAGAAACCACCCAAAUGGAUUCGGCGACCUGUGGGAGCAUCGUUCUCGUUUGGAGGCAAGCUGGUUACAUUUGAGAAUGCCAAGUCUCAGCAGCAUCCAGGCAUUGAGCAGCAGCAGCAGCGUCACUAUGUCUAUGUGAGCCAGGUUGUAACAGAGAAGGAGUUCCUGGCCCGCUCGAACCAGCUGCAGGAGGCUGUGCAGUCUGAAGGCUUUGUCAGCUACUGCCAGAAGAAAAUCGAUAUGGCCCAGGCUGACUUUGAGAAAAACGUGUGGGCCUUCUUAAAGGUGAACUUUGAAGAAGAUUCACGUGUUAAAUACCUUGAGCUCUUGGGGUACAGGAAAGAUGAUCUGAAGAAGAAGAAGGUGGAGGACCAUAAACAAGAAACUGAAGAUUUUGUGUCUGCAAAGACGACAUUUAACAUCUCUGUUAGUGGAGAUGUGGACGGUUUGAUUACCCAGGCUUUGCUGACGGGUAACUUUGAGAGUGCAGUAGAUCUCUGCUUGCACGAUAACCGCAUGGCUGACGCCAUUAUCUUGGCCAUCGCAGGCGGACAAGAGCUGCUUUCUAGGACACAGGAAAAGUACUUUUCUAAGAUGCAGAGCAAAAUUACCUGGCUCAUCACUGCAGUGGUAACAAAGAACUGGAAAGAGAUUGUGCAGUCUUGUGAUCUACAGAAUUGGAGAGAGGCUUUGGCUGCUGUACUCACUUACGCCAGGCCAGAUGAAUUUGCAGCCCUUUGCGAUCUCCUGGGUAACAGACUGGAGAGCGAGGGGGACAGCCUUCUGCAGACACAGGCUUGUCUCUGUUACAUUUGUGCUGGCAAUGUGGAAAAACUCGUUGCUUGUUGGACCAAAGCUCAGGAUGGAAACAGCCCCUUGUCUCUUCAGGAUUUAAUAGAGAAAGUUGUAAUCCUGCGCAAAGCCGUGCAGCUGACCCAGGCUGUAGACCCUAAUGCUGUGGGGGCCCUUUUGGCUGAGAAGAUGAGCCAGUAUGCCAACCUCCUGGCUGCCCAGGGCAGCAUUGCUGCAGCUUUGACCUUCCUCCCUGUGAACACCAACCAGCCAAACAUUGUGCUGUUACGGGACAGGAUUUGCAGAGCCCAAGGGGAGCUCCCAGUGGGACAGCAGGUCCUCAAGGCACUGUACGAGAGACAGCCCAUGCCCAAAGGACGAGCUGGCCCUGUGGCUGGACAGAUACAAGGGCCCCAGACUCCAGCCCAGCAGUAUUACCAACAGGGAGACAACCCACCUCCUCCAGGGUUUAUGAUGCCAGGUGCUGUGAACCCCAACAUGCCACCACAGCAAGCCACAUCUUCCAAUUACAGCAUGUUCUCACAAGCAGGGGCCCAGCCAACGUACCCGCAGAGGCCUCAGAACGGCUGGAAUGACCCUCCUGCCCUGAACAGAGCUGCCAAGAAGAAGAAGGUCCCUGAUAACUUCCUGCCUCCGGUUCCCAUCACCUCCCCCAUCAUGAACCCGCUGGUGGAUCCGCAGUCUCAGAUGCAGCAGCCUCUGCUUCUGGCACCACCCACAGGUGCACCCAGCCUCCAGCCUCCACACGUCCCUGUCCUUGCAGGGCAGCCAGUGCUGCACGGUAGCUACCUGCCUGCUCCCCAGCCCCUGGGACAGUGCAUCAUGCCACCCAUUGUUUCCAAACCCAGCAUGGAGGGGGCCCCUGGAGCACCAAUCGGCAAUGCCAUCCAGCAUGUGCAGGCACUGCCAGCAGAGAAGAUUACCAAGAAGCCCAUACCUGAGGAGCACCUUGUUCUGAAGACCACGUUUGAAGCUCUUAUCCAGAGAUGUCUCCUGUCUGCCUCCGAUCCACAAACCAAGAGGAAACUAGAUGAUGCAAAUAAACGCCUGGAGUUUCUAUAUGACAAACUUAGGGAACAGACACUCUCUCCAGCCAUCAUUAGCGGUUUGCACAACAUUGUGAAGAGCAUUGAAACCCGCAGCUACCAGGAAGGACUAAAUAUCCACACGCACAUAGUCAGCACCAGCAACUUCAGCGAGACCUCUGCUUUCAUGCCUGUUCUGAAAGUUGUCCUCACCCAGGCCAAUAAGCUGGGUGUCUGACAUAACCCUGCAUUUGCAAAGCCUUGGCAGUUGUUUUCCAAAGAAGUGCAUUUCUACAGCAAACGUGCAAGAAGUGGACCAAAUGCUAGUCCUUAGGGCAUGUAGCAGUAGAGCGCUGACAAAUGGCAUUAUACUUUCCCUGCAAAAUACUUUGUUCUAGGAGGGCUGUGGAGCCCUGAUGCUUUUCUUUUUAUUUUAAUCCUUUUCCCAUCCCUAAUGAUUCUUGUCUACAAGUAGUGUAUUUAAUGGAUUAUGCCCCAUAUUGUCAAUUUUUAGAUGCAUGUUAUACUGCUAAACAGUGGCUUUUAAUAACAGAUAUAUGUGUAAAAACAACAAGAUAGGUUGUGUAUCAGACCCUAAAACAGAUUAUUCCCUUCCACCCCACUGUUCCUUAUCCACCAGAUUAAAGAGUCUGAUCGUGUUAUAA